AACGAUAGCAAAGUUAUCGAUAGAACGUAGCCGUGCCUAUGCAUGGAGCCAAGUGAAAAGUAAAUAUUUCAGUUCGGUUUUUCCGCUUGCGGAAAACAGAUUAACUACAAACCAACCUCCCUCUCACCAACCCCCGCCCCAUAACAUCAAGCAACUCGAACCAUAGUGACGACGCUAGAGGGCGCUUGCACUUGCAGUGAAAUAAUCAAUAAAGCAACAACAACAACAAUACAAUACGAUGUGGGCCAGUGAUAAGCAGCAACAAUAGAAGUCAGCCGCAGGCUGCAAAAAAGCACAAAAAAACAGGCGAACCCCAAUCGAAGCCCUAACCUCAUAUUCGAACUCAUCUAAGCAUCAACAUAUAUUUAUAUACAUUCCCAUCCACACAUCCGUAAUUCAUUACUUCCGGUCUUCGUUUUGCUGUGUACUAAGCAAGGAAAAUGUCUCGCGAGGAGCGUCUGCCCAUUGUGGAUUGCUCGAGCAGCAGUGGCGAUGAUGAGGCGAAGCCUGUCGUGCGUAGACGCAGCACAAGGGAUACGGUUUUGGCUGUGCCCAAGGAUCCGGGAUGCUGUGAUCCUGACAGCACACCGCAUCGAUUUUUGGCCUUGGUCUUUAUGUGUUUGCUGGGUUUUGGUUCCUAUUUUUGCUAUGAUAAUCCGGGCGCAUUGCAGGAUGUAUUUCAGAAGGAGCUAAAUUUAAAUGCCACCGAAUUCACGUUCAUUUAUUCCAUCUACUCCUGGCCAAAUAUUGUACUCUGCUUCGUUGGCGGCUUUUUGAUCGAUCGUGUCUUUGGCAUACGCAUGGGAACAAUCAUUUAUAUGCUAAUCGUGCUAUUGGGCCAACUGAUAUUCUCCACUGGCGCUCUAUUUGGCCAUUUCUGGCUAAUGAUUGUGGGUCGCUUCAUCUUCGGCAUUGGCGCCGAGUCAUUGGCCGUGGCACAGAAUAGCUAUGCUGUGUUAUGGUUCAAAGGCAAGGAGUUAAACAUGGUCUUUGGUCUGCAAUUGUCGGUGGCACGCUUUGGUAGCACUGUCAAUUUUUGGAUAAUGCAACCACUCUACGGUUAUGUGUCCAAGUUGUAUGCUGGCUAUACUGGCUUGGGCGUGGCACUCUUCAUUGCCUCGAGCACCUGUGUCAUGUCAUUGAUAUGUACUCUCAUUUUGGGAUGGAUGGAUAAGCGAGCGGAGCGCAUACUUAAAAGGAAUAACAAUCCUGGCGGCGAGAUUGCCAAACUGAGUGACAUCGUCUCAUUUAAAAUGGACUUUUGGAUGGUCUCCGUAGUCUGUGUGGCCUACUAUGUGGCCAUAUUUCCAUUUGUGGCACUAGGACAAGCCUUCUUCAUAUCCAAUUUCCAAAUGACGCCUGAACAGGCGAACAAUGUCAAUUCGAUUGUGUAUUUGAUCUCAGCGAUAGCAUCGCCGCUGUUUGGUUUUAUCAUCGAUAAGGUGGGACGCAAUGUUACCUGGGUGUUUGUGGCGACAAUUGCCACGCUUGGCGCGCAUAUGUUGCUCACAUUCACCCAUUUGAAUCCGUACAUUAGCAUGUGUAUUAUGGGACUAUCGUACUCCAUGUUGGCUGCCAGUCUCUGGCCGUUGGUGGCAUUGAUUGUGCCCGAGUAUCAGCUGGGCACGGCCUAUGGCUUCUGUCAAUCAGUGCAAAAUUUGGGUCUGGCUGUGGUCACCAUUGUCGCUGGCAUGAUCGUUGAUAGCAGCGGUGGCAGUCACUUCUGGUUGCAGCUCUUUUUUAUGCUGUUCCUUCUGAUUUCGCUGUUGGCUACAUGCAUUAUAUGGGCCUAUGAUCGCAAACAUCAGGGCAACUUGAAUAUGUCGCCGUCACAGCGGGCCACAUAUCAUACAUCAAUGUACGUGAAUAUUGAGUCUAGUUGAUCGUGAACUUGCUAUUGAUGUUGUAUUGGUUUUGGUGUAUUGAUUGUGUGUGUAUUUUGUGUGCUGAUGGCGCAGAUCCAGCAUUAUGACUAACUUGAAUCAUUCUUUUCCCUAAAAUGCCUGCAACUCUUGACUUUCUCUCACCGAAAAGCUCCACCCAACGUGGUACUACGGAUCGACGGCCUUUAUUGGGCAACUAAAAACUAUAUACACAGAAAAAACGAAAAAAUAA